CGCACUAACCGGUGACGUAUGCACAAACGAUGAUACUUUUUGCGAAUGGUGAUUAUCGCCUGCUUUUUUUAUUUAAACAUUUUAAUUUUUAUAGGCAUAAACACAUUGCAUUCCCCCUCCCCUUUAUGGAACAAAUAAAUUAUAAAAAUAUUAAAUUAUUAUUCCGCUCUUAAAAGUUUAUCUUAUGAGACCUUCAUGCGGGAACAAUAUAUUAAUUAACGAUAGUUAGUAUUUAGUUAGGCUACACAAAUUUACUACUUUUACUUGUGCCGGUACUGGUACGCUUUAACUUUACUGCUACGUCAUAGGCCUAUAAAAUACAUGACUAUACUCUAUGACAUUGCCACUCUCUUCUCUUGUAAAAAUACUUGAUCUACCCAACGCCAACUCUUGUAAAAAUACUUGAUCUACCCAUGCACAGUGAUUCCUAUUAGUAUUAGUAAUUAGCUGAAUAAUUUCUUAUUUAAAAUUAUAACAUGAAAUUAAUUAGCAAAGAAGCCUUUUAAUUUAAAUUGUCAUCUAAUUAAAAAUUAUUAAAAUAUAUUUUCAGAAUUAAAGUCAAAGUUUAUGUGACACAACAAGUUAACAGCAAUAACAUAAGCAAUGGGGAGAAAAACUAAGAAGAAUACCAAAACUACCCAAGCUCAGCCAAGUCAACCUCAAGGGGCAUCUAGCAGUAUCACAGAUACCCCUGCAUUAUCAGAGUUGUCAAAAAAUGCCAAACGUGAUGCAGCAGAACUGAUUACCAGUUUAUUAGAAAGUAUGCCAUAUUCUCUCUCAUCUAAUUAAAGGGGUUUAUUGAAUACUUUAUAAAUAUAUUAUUGAUCCCAUUAAUUAUUGAUACAUUUGCAGCUUUUAAAUGGAAUUUUAUGGAUUUAAAUACUGUUUUUAAAACCAUUUUAUUUCCUGCCAAUAUGCCAUUUUAAGAAAAAAAUGCAUGUACAAAAAAAUCUUAACAUUUGCUUUUUAGUCAGAGACUACAUUUACCACCUCUGAGCAUCAUCCUAAUUUAACAAACUUUUAAAAGUAAAAUUGGCAUUUUAUAUCAAAAUGGCUUAAAUUGAUAAAUUCCAAUAAAACGUGUCUCAAAGAGUAGCUAUCAUAAUAGAUCCAAAUGCAUAAGUUUUGUGUUUAAGUUCUAUGCUUUUUAUGAUUAUAUUCUCAGUCUGCUCCAAACCACCAGAGUCUGGUGCUAAAGAGUGGGAAGACUUUCCUGAAAUUCAUGGCCUAGUGGAAAAGAUAAGGAAGAUUCAGUCAGGUAAGUAAACAUAGUAUAACCUUUUCUUGUAUCAUUAAUUUUUCAGGGAAUUAAAACUUUGUCAGCGCAUGUGAUAAUAAAAUAUCUGUUUAUGACCGAUUUCAUUUGUAAUGAAUUGACUUGUAAAGGUUUUGUUUUGCUUUGCUUGAUUGUUUUGUUCGUUCAUCUAAACCCCAAUAGUUCACAACCUCUAAAAUUGUCGCAAUGUGUUAUCAUAUAUAUGCUGACAUACAGAAAUAAUACUCCAGUAGAGUCGUCCCUACCAUAAAAAUGUUGCACACCACUGAUUGACAUGAUGCAUAAGAUAAUAAUAUAAAGAUUUUUAGAUAGUGUAUAUCACCCCGUUGUUAUUCAACUUCUUGACAUACAAGGCAUACACAAUUUGUUUUAAAGAAGGCUAAAGCCCCAUUAUGGAAUGGUCACAAUGUUUAUUAUCUUAACAAUGAGCUGCAAAGUAAUAUUUAGCCAAAGACUUAUAAUGCAAAUAGUAGCUGUACAUACAUGUAAGUCUAAUAUAAAAGUUGGUUGUGUUACAGUUUUAGCACCACAUGAAAAACCUCGAGAUGUUGCAUUUCCUGCUUUUAUAAGUUGGCUGAAUGACAAUGGAGUCGACACUUCUUCAGUGGAAAUCACAGAGUUCCCACAGUAUGGGUAUGGGCUCAAAGCUACUAAGGAUCUAAAGGUAGAUGGUAGAUGGUUUAUUUUAAGUCCUUGGUAUUUAUUUGAUGAUACAUUUAACAAAACUGAUAAAUUAUUUUUUUCUGAAUAAUUAAAUUGUAGAGAAUUUAUAAUAAAAUUAUUUUGCACAUUUUAAACAGUUUCUUUUUUUAAUUCUGACAGGAAUCAGAGAAGUUCUUACAGAUUCCUAGAAAGUUAAUGCUAACUGUGGAGUCAGCUAAGCAAUCUCCGUUGGGUGAGCUAUUUUGCUGAGACAAAUAAUAAAAAAUUGUAAUUAUAACAAUUACUUAUAAGAAAAUGAUCUUUUCACUUUGUUUUAACAACUUUUUUGUGUUUCCUAUUUGAACGCCUCAACUGAUUAUCAGAUCUUCUACACUCUAAUUCUUCAGUUUAUUCCUAAUUAUGCAAAAAUCAAACCAUAAAACAUCUGUAUUUAGUGUGGGAGUAAACAUAAUCAAGUCAUUUUUAUGCAAUUGUUAUUUUAAAAUUUGAUUACCAGGUCCUCUUAUUGCUGAGGACAAGAUCCUUCAAGUCAUGCCCAAUGUAACUCUGGCUCUACACUUGUUGAAUGAGAAGUUGAAUCCUCAGUCUUUCUGGAAGCCUUACAUAGGUGACAAACUCUUUUAUUUAUAUUUCGAUGAGCACUAUUUAUUGAGGAAAAAAAUGAAUCUGUUCACAUAAUGAUUUUGGAAUAGUUUCCCAGUAAUUUAGGAUUAAAUUUUCAAUCACUUGAUUCCAUUGCCUCUAAGUAUUUUUUUAUUUAAUUAAAAAAAUCCUUUUUUUCAGAUGCUUUACCCUCACAAUAUUCAACCCCAUUGUAUUGGAACUCUGAAGAUCUUCAACAUCUCAAGGGUUCACCUGUUCAAGGUAUGUCAUGUUAUAUCAAACCACUACAACACGAGAAUAGUUUUAUUACAACCUGUAUAGUUUUAUGAGAGAAAGCAUAUUUUAUUGUUAUAUAUAUAUAUCUAUAUAUAUAUAUAUAUAUAUAUAUAUAUAUAUAAAUCUUUCUUUUUUAAAUUAUAGCUUAAAAGAUUGCUACUAAUUUACAAAGAUAUAAAUGAUGGUAAAAGUAGGUUUUAGAAACAGACCUUUCAUCGACUGUAUGUAAAUAUAGAUAUUACUGUAACAUUGAGCAGGUGAUGCUAUAAAUCAGUAUAGGAAUAUUGCACGUCAGUAUGCCUACUUUUACAGAUUACUUCAGGUAAGUCAAAUAUUAUUAUUUAACAUUUUUAUUAAUUAACUAGUUCUAUAAAUGUCCAUGAUUAAAGUAAUGAUCAUUAUUUGAAAUACUUUUUUCAUAACUCACAUUAAAAUGGAAAACUAGUGGUUACAACAAUUAAUUAUUUUUAAAAGGCUAUGUUAAGGGGGAAAAAAAAGGGUGAAAAUUAAGAAUAAAGUAGCCUGCCACUGUCAAGUAACAUGUAAAUGACAGUCUUAACUAUAUUUGUUUAAUGUUCACUUUUUCCUUUACAUAGUUUUUUAAAAUAUAUAUAUAUCAUUGUAACCCCUAGUUUUACCUGUUAAUGGAGUUAAGAAAAUUUUUUAUAAAGACUGCCACUGUAAAGAACGUGUAACUGACAUUAUUUUUUUUCCCCUUACUGUUUCUUUAUAUUCUGAGCUUUAUGUUUGAUAUUUGUGUGUUUUUAGAAAAAUCCUGGAGCCACUAACUUGUUAUUGAAGGACCAUUUCACCUAUGACAAUUACAGGUACCUCUUAACAUUUUAAUGAGGAGACAUAAAAAGAUUAUACAGUGACAUCUUUAAAACAUACCAAUUGUACUUUUAAGGGCUUUAGUCCACAUUGAACGAUUGGUGUUUACAAAUAGUUGGGCAGCCAUUAUUUAGGAACUGGACUAUUUCUUUUAUUUGAAUACCAGAUGGGCAGUUUCUUCUGUGAUGACCCGACAGAACCAGAUCCCAGGAAAAGAUGGUUCAAGAGCUACCCUAGGCCUCAUACCACUUUGGGACAUGUGCAAUCAUACAAAUGGCAUCGUAAGCUUACUUUUCGAGAUCACUUUCAAUUUUUACUGACAGUGACAGCUAAAAGAGCUUUGUAUUCAAUAUGCUCCAUUUUGUUGUCAUUGAAACUUUUAAAAACUUGACAAUAGCCUAAUGAAGCUUUGUGGAGCUUCUAUAGUUUUAUUAAUUUUUCAAACUCAUUUGGAAUACAUGUUUAAAAAAUUCAAUUUCAUGUGAGUCCUUUCAUGAAUUCGUUUUAAAUGAUUUAAAUCAGGCUUAAAACAUUGUCAUAUACACUGUGUUCCUUUAAAUUUAAGAUUCUAGAUAAUCUUUUGUUAUAAUUUUAUUUUCACACACUAUUUAAUUAACAUUUUUUCUUUGGUAAGUAUUAGUAAGUAUUUCUGUACUGGUAAAUUUUCUUUAAAAUUCACUAUUUAUAUUUUUAGUACACCUCUGACUACAAUGCUGAAGCAGAUGCAUGUGAAAGUUUUUGCCUCAAGGAUUUUGUGAGUGGUCAACAAGUAAGUAAUAGAAGGUGCCUGUUGGGGAGUUACAACACUGGUUUAUUUGUGAAUUUGACAUAUUUUUUUUUACCUGUUUUGUCAAACAUCUACUCUGAUCUCAGAACAUAAAAUAAAAUAGUGGUCGGCGGCAACAGCCAAACUGUCUGACCAACCUUGCUUGCUGCAGCAGCUUGCUCUGCUGUCAAGUGGACUGAGUCAGGAAGCCAAUGCUUAUCCUAUUCUUGUUUCACAAGAGUUUAAGUUUUAGAGGGUUUUUCUCCUAAUUCAGACUCACUUCAUAUCCCUGGGGGGGGGGAUCAAAUACCUACUAACAUAUUAAUCAUCAAAUAAUAAUGCUCCAAACUUGACAUGAUAAAAUUGAUUUGACCAUUGAUGAAUCUUUAUCACAGGAAAAUUUAAUUUUUGGUUUGAGUUUUCAAAGUGAAACCUCGCUUAUUUGUUUAAAUAAAAUAUUUGUAAAUCAAAACAACUGUGUUAUACAUAAAUGUGUGAUUUAUUGGUCUGCAGUCAAACCUAUAUCUAUAUUUGUAUUUUUUUCUUAGAUUCUUAUCUUUUAUGGUCCUCGUUCAAAUGGAGAGUUCUUAGUCCAUAGUGGUUUUGUGUAUCCUGACAAUGAACAUGAUCGCCUGUGCCUUAAACUUGGUAAACUAUGUUUAAUAUAAAACUGUUUUGCAUUGUUUUUACUGUGGAAUGUUGUGAGCUAGGACAUCACAGGACUGUAACAAAUAACUUAAAUAUUUAUAAUCCAAACAAUAAAUCAAGUCAGUACGUCUAGCUAAUUUUUUAAUUCAUGAAAUGAAAGUAUUCACAAUUGUAAAAACAAAAUGAAUUUUAAUAUUUAUUUACACUAAAUAGUUUAUUGGUGCUUAUAAUUUCUAAAUGUUUACAUGUUCAAUGUUUGAUAUCCACCAAAAAAUCUAUUUUGGAUUGAAGCAAAUGAUCUUAAAUACUCUUUUUUUUUUUUCUUUCUUCAGGAAUUAGCAAAGGGGAUUCACUCUUUGCCCUGAAAUCUGAACUUUUGAGCAAAUUAAACCUUGCUCCGUGAGUAAUCUUUCACAGUUGUCAUCUAACAUGUUUGAGAAUAAGUUUUUUUCUCUGUGUAGUAUUGGUAUACAAGUACUUCAUAAAAAAAACCUCCCCAUAUACUAGCCUCCUUUCUUGUGCAAGAUGGAAUUCCUGGGUCAUGUUGUGGCAAGAUACUUCAGUUAUCUGAACUCGUUAUGGGCUGAAAAUGGUGUAUUUACAGCCAAAUCAUGCUUCAAAAUAGGAUAAGAGAAAGGGAGGAGGAGGCGUGAAAAGAUAGCUGAAGUUGAAACCUGUUUCUGUUUCAACAAGAUUCUGUGAAUUCAUUCAGUGAUCUCCACUUGAAAUAAGCUUAUGACAGCUAUUAUCACUUUCAGUAAUCUAUGGCUAACUUUGUCAUUGGUGGCACAAUACAUCUGUUAUGAACCAGACCAGUGUAAACAUAAGAUAGGCUACUUGCACUGUGCUUCCAGACUAAAGUAUGUCCAUAUCCAUGGAUGGGUAUGAGGAUGGGCAAACUCAAUGUUUAUUUUAGUGACUAUUUGUUUUAUCUUAUUAAGUAAUAUUGAUGAAACUCAGUUCUUUUAAUUGACUAAAAGAACAUCAGUUUUCCCCCUUUAAAACCACUCUAAUUUGCCUUGCAAGUCUGUCAAUAAAUUUGUGAUUCAAUAAACUUUUACUAAAACAGCAUUACAUUAACUGUUAAACAAACACACCUGUUUUACAGCUCAAGGUCUUUUUAUCUCCACAAUGGAAGGUUUCCAGUGGAUGGCGACUUGCUUGCCUUCUUGAGAGUCUUCAGCAUGGAUGAAGGUUCAGUUAUAAAUUUUAACUUUAUUCUUUCGGCUUUGGUCAUGAAAACCCAUGAAAUGUUCAGUUUUUUAAAGUAGAAGUUGGACUCGGUGAAGUCAAGGUUUGUGGUCCUAGUUGAGAUUUUUUUUCUCCCUUUAUAUAUUGCUAAGACUUUUCUGCCGUGGUCAUUCAUUUUUAUUAUUGUUUUAAUUUUGACUUUACAUUCCAUUGUAGUCGGCUAAAAGGUGUUUUUUCUUCCUCUUAAAAAAGUGAUUUUAAAAGACAAAUACAGCGGUGAUUCAGCACCAGGACCUGAAGAGCUUGAAGCCCUUAAAGAUGAAGACAAACAGGACAGUGACGAAAAUGAAGAUAAAGUCUGGUCAUUUCUUCAGACAAGAGCAACUCUUCUUCUCAAAGCUUACCCUUGUUCUAUAGAGGUGAAUUUUUUUUAUUUUGAGGCAUAUAUUGAAAAAAGCCGACAUUUUUGGUGAAAAAAACAACACAUUUCUUUGUAUAAUAUAGUUUCUGUGUUUCAUGUAGGCCUGUUAAUACCUUCUUUUUUUUUUCUUUGAGUAUGCUGUUUUAAAAUUUUGGAAAUCUGGUUUUAGAACGGUUUUUGGGUUUUUUUUUCAAUUAAGGCUUGAUUUUGUAGGAAUACAUGGGAAUAGCAUUCCUGUACUUUUUAUUUUUAUUUUUUUCCUAAGAAAUAAAUAUUUAUUUUUCCAACAAUCCUGACCAAAAUAUUUCAUAUUAUCAAAAUACAUAACUCUCUAUGUAACAAUGUCACUAACACUGCCAGAUAGUGUUAAUUUCUUUAAAUAAUAUUCCAGAUAAUUGUGCUAAAUGAGAUUCUAAAAAAUACAUCAAGUGUGCAUGGUGCUUGAUAUUCUCAUUUGUCUUAAAGGAAAUAGUUGGUGCAGCAAAUCUGCUCUUUAAAAGGAGUUUUGGACAUUAGAAUAUUAAUAUUGUUUAGGGGAGGUAGAAUUAAUUUGCAUCUUUAUUAAGAUACUUUUCUUGAAUUUGAAUCCGUGUUUUAUCAAGUAACUUUAGUAGAUGGGAAGUUCACACAUUGCCGUCACCAUUGUUUGGUGGCUAUAGCUAAUAUUUCAUAUCAGACACCAACGGAGGGGAAUCAAGCUAAAUCAUGAAGUAUAAAUUUAAAUACAUUGUUCAAUUUCUAGGAGGAUGAAUCUACAGCACAGCAAGCUGAUGCAUCAGAUGUUGUGAGGAUGUCAGCACAGCUGAGGAUAGGGGAAAGGAAAAUACUGCAGAAUACAAUCGACUAUGCCGCGAGGAAAAAAGCUUCUCUGAAAACUAAUGACAUUUAAAUUGUGUUCAGUGUGACUUUUAAAUCUCUAAUGGCAUUUACUACUGAACUAGAUGGUUAAGAUGCCAUCCUUGUAUUACAUGUGCAUGGUGGGGAUGGAUUCUGAAAUCUACUGGAGCCAACAUGGUGGGAAGUACGCAAAUUUGAUGCCAUUUUUCUUUUGUACAUAAUGUAUGGAUAGUCCUUAAACUCUCUGUAUUUGGAAGCAAUCAUAUAAAUUUCUGGUUCCCAACCUGUGAGUUACUACCCCAAAUAGGAUCGCACAGGGUUUUCUUUAGGGUGGCCGGCUGAAACAUAACUACAAUUUAAAAAAUUUUGUUUAAACAUUAUGCAGAAAUUUUCAUUUUUAAUUAGUCUUAAAUAAGUCUGAACAAUUUCAAAAUACAGCAUCUAUUUUUGAUGUGAUUUCUCUUUUCUCUUAUGGGUUGCGGUUCACUUUGCUUCUUUUAUAAUGGGGUCAUGAUUCAAGAAAGGUUGUUAACCUGUUAUUUAAAUGUAUUAAUGCAUCAAUUUUCUGAUGCAAUUUUAUAGUUUCUUUUAAUAAAUAAACAUGUCAUGGUUUGCUUUAAAUAGAGAAGCGUAACAAUCUCGCCUUACGGCACUUUUGAAAAAGGGGACUCUGACAUUGUGGCCAAAUGGUGCAGAACUUCUCUUGUUGAGUUUCCAGCUGCAGUUGAACAUGUCCUGCAUAUUAUUGGAAACAUUUUUAGCUAAAGGACUCACUGAGAGAAUCUCCUAGUACUGAGAUAUUAAAUAGCAUCAGCUUAUUCUAUUCUUGCAGUCCUAUGGGUUGCAGCUCAUAUUGAAAAAAAAAAAAUGUUUCUUUGUGAAAUGUUGAUAACAGUUUUUUUUAACCUCUGUCAUGAUGGAGCAUUACAAUCUGAAGGUAAAAAGAAAUUAAUAUUUGCUGACCCAGGAUGACAGAGCUCAGUAGAAAUGUGUGCUAUCUUUUUUAACCUCUGGUCACAUUGCGGGAGUCUGAGGGAUUUAUUUUAUAAGGGACUAGAUCCAUGGAAGUUAACAAAAAAUGUAACGCCACAUAAAAGUUUUAUCUGUGAAACACAUUGUGUUUCAUAAGGCCUGUGAAGUAUUAAAAAGCUUAAAAUUUGUUUCCUCCUCUACUUUUAUAUUUGUUGCACUAUGCCUGUGCAAUACGUCUGUGCACUAUUCAUCAAAGAUUCUUGACACUUCAAUCAAGUACUCUGACUCAAUUCAAUAAAGCUAACGAAUAGAACAUUAUUUUAUUUUUUUUAAAGUUUUGAAACAUGAUUUUUGUAUGUGACAGUGCUGAGCUGUGAUUAACAGAAAUUUAUUAUAUUUUUAAAUAUGCACUUCAAGCUUAUCAUUCUCAAUUAGUAAAACUUUAUAGGCUUCAUUUCAUAGUUAGUGAAACUUGAUAGGCUUUAUUUAUUAAUUAGUGAAACCUAAUACACCUCGUUUUCUUUUUCAUGCAUCUGAAACUGAAGUGAAUCUACCUCAGCAAGCUUUGGCUUUAAUAAUCACUUGGGCUGCCAAAAAAUAAUACAGGCAGCCUGCUCACCCCGCAGCUAACUGCCGGUGUGCCAUUGAUGAUUAUAUCAGAGUGUUUUCACCAGAAUUUGUCACAUAAAUUCUCCAACAGUUGAGGUGUUGCAGGAGUAGAUAAUAUCUUGACAGAAAUAGAUUCAUUUGCCUCGAACUUUGAAAUUGGUUGUUUUAAAACUGCUACUUUUAUUUGUGGAUGCCACAACUUGGAUACAUACGCUCUCAUUAGAUGUUCAUUAGUAAGAGCGUACAGUUUUAAAACUGCUACUUUUAUUUGUGGAUGCCACAACUUGGAUACAUACACUCUCAUUAGAUGUUCAUUAGUAAGAGCGUCCAGUUUUAAAUUGGAAAGGAUGGGAGUUGGCCAAGCAUAAAAUUCACCAAAGGCAAAGUUACUACAGUAAUUAGUAUUGCUUUUGUACGGCUAAGAAGCUAGAUAAAAACUAUUUACUUGUUAAUAUUACAGUGUAACAUUACUGUAGGUCUUUUUUUUUUUUUUAACUCUUUUUUUUAUACUGCAUUUUUUUUAUUUAGCCGAGACAUAAAUGCUAAUCUGGUCAUAUUCAUUGUAUGGAAUGCAAGAUAAUCUGGCUAAAUUUGAUCCAGUCAUAGAACAAGUUUUUUUGUAAGAUAAAAACUAUUUAUUUGUUAAUAUUACUGUGUAACAUUACUGUAGGUCUUUUUUUUUUUUUUAACUCUUUUUUUUAUACUGCAUUUUAUUUAUUUAGCCGAGACAUAAAUGCUAAUCUGGUCAUAUUCAUUGUAUGGAAUGCAAGAUAAUCUGGCUAAAUUUGAUCCAGUCAUAGCACAAGUUUUUUUGUAAGUGUUGAUGUGGUUUGAUCUGAUUGUGAUUUCUUCAUUAUUUGGUUCUGGCUUGUUGUUUCUUGUGACUAAUUUAAGCUUUCCUUCUCUUCAUUCUGAAGAACAAAUAUUUUUGUAAAACAUUAAAUUAACACCAUUUUCAAUCUAAAGACUGCCUCUGCUGAAUAAAUAUAUUUACAAUGA